GGCGGAGCUUGCCGCCGGCGGAGGGCGGGGCCUGCGCGGGGCAUCCCCCGGGCUGAGCUGCGCAGCGGGGUUUUGGCCAAAUUGGGCGAGGGCACAAAAUAACCACUUACCCCUUCUCACCGAGGAAGAGCGGGAGAAAGGGUAUGGCACAGUCACAAGGGUGGGUGAAAAGAUACAUCAAGGCCUUUUGUAAAGGCUUCUUUGUGGCGGUGCCUGUGGCAGUGACUUUCUUGGAUCGAGUCGCCUGUGUGGCAAGAGUAGAAGGAGCAUCGAUGCAGCCUUCUUUGAAUCCUGGGGGGAGCCAGUCAUCUGAUGUGGUACUUUUGAACCACUGGAAAGUGAGGAAUUUUGAAGUACACCGUGGUGACAUUGUAUCAUUGGUGUCUCCUAAAAACCCAGAACAGAAGAUCAUUAAGAGAGUGAUUGCUCUUGAAGGAGAUAUUGUCAGGUUUCCCUAGGACUUCUGCAUGCCCAUGCCACACACAUCCUGUGGCCCCCAGAGCGCUGGCAGAAAUUGGAAUCUGUUCUUCCUCCAGAGCGCUUACCAGUACAGAGAGAAGAGGAAUGACUGCAUGAAUCUACCUGAGCUGCUGGCAUUGGGAGGCCAGUUACUGGAGAGGAAUGGAAAAAAGAAGCCUCCAAAAGGGAAAAACUUCUGACAGUAUGAUGCUGUGCGAGAAACAUUUACAGCACAUUAAGACGAUCUGUAUUACUAAAUAAAUAAUUUUCAAAUACUAAACAGUAUUAAAUGGCACCUGAUUUUGUGUUAAAUUUUAGUUCCCUGUUGUUUAAUGCCCCCAAAAUAUGCAGACCUUUGGGAAUAUAAAAAUAUUGCACCCACAUGUCUUAAUGGGGCUACAUUUCAGAUUAUUUGUUACGUAUACUUAUUAUAUUGAAUGUUGGGUUUUGAUUUUGGUGCUUGCUGCUGAAAUAAAUUGAAAAUUAAUAUUCAAUAAAAAUGAUGUAUUUGCCACUUACUGUUAGGGUAGAACAAGAAGGAACACAUAUUAUAAUGAUGGGAAUUAUAUUGUGAUUUGUAGUAUCUACAAAGCAGUAACUGCCAGUUAGGAAGAAUAGUAAACAGUAAUGUUAAAAUAAAACAGUGAUUUGCUCAGGUCCUGUUUUGAGUGUUUAGUUCUCAUUGAGUACAUCCAUUAAUGAGGAAUUUCUUAUCUCUUCUGAAAAUAAGGAAUUAAAGUAAUGGAGAACCCAUUCUAUUGAUACUUGCCUACAGUCAAGCCUUUCUCAUUGGCGAUUUUUAAUCCAACAUUUCUGAGUGAUCUCAUGCCUAUUCACAAUGAUGGGUAAACCCAUUUAUCUGCAUUUAGUCAUGCUAUGUGUUUAAAAGUUCUGAGCGAAAUAGAAGAAAAAACAGUCCAGAUCAGCCGCAUUUGAUUUUCUUCCCCUAAUUAUUUCUCAGUAUUCACGUCUGUAAUAUUGAAAUCACCAAUUGCAAAGUUAUAGUAGAAUAAUAGAGUCUGUAAUUUGUAGGGAUAAGGGAGUAAAUUCCCUGCAUCUAA